AUGGUGGAAGGUGACCUUCAAUUAAGUGUCCCUCAACCUGAGUUUUUUGAUAAAUCUCCCAUGCAUACACCUUCGAAAGUGCUUAAAAAUUUGGAUCUUUUAAGUGUGAAUGGACUUUUUGUGCCGAAACCUCAAUACUCUCCAAGCAAUGCUUCAACAGCUCAUUCGAGUCUUGUUCAUUCACCUGCAGUGCGUCGUUUUCAUACUCAAACAAAAGAACUCAGACGAAAAAGCGUUGUAAGUGGAGAAAUUCCGUCAUGGAUUAAUGGAAGUUUAUUAAGAAACGGCCCAGGAAGUAUAAAAGUUGGUGACAUGAUUUUCAAUCAUUUAUUCGAUGCUUCAGCUUUGCUUCAUCGAUUCAACAUCGUGGGUGGGAAAGUCACAUAUCAAUGCAGGUUCCUUAAAAGUGAAACAUACAAGAAGAAUCUUGCAGCUAAUCGAAUUGUUGUGUCUGAGUUUGGAACUUCUUCAGUGCCGGAUCCAUGUCAAAGCAUUUUUGAAAAAGUUGCGACUUUAUUCAAACCAGCUGAAGCAAACUCUGACAAUGCAAUGAUUUCAAUUUAUCCCUUCAAUGACGAGUAUUUUGCAUUUACUGAGAGUCCAAUAAUUCAUCAAAUCGAUCCUGAAACUUUGGAAACACUUGACAAAGUGAACUUGUCGGAUGAAAUUGGAAUUGUCAAUCACACUUCGCAUCCUCAUGUCAUGCCAGAUGGAACAGUUUUCAAUCUUGGAAUGUCAGUGUCCAAAUCAGGCCCAGCCUACAAUAUUAUUUGCUUUCCACAAGGCGAAAGAAUGUUUGAGAAUGCAAGAAUUGUUGCGGAAGUUCCAACGAGAUGGAAACUUCAUCCAUCUUACAUGCACACAUUUGGAAUAACUGAAAACUUUUUUAUUAUUGUUGAACAACCACUCACUGUUUCAGUCCCAGCUGUCAUUAAGUCUCAACUCACAAAUGAACCAAUGAUUUCAUGUCUUAAAUGGUUUCCAGAUAAAUUAACUUACAUUUACUUAAUCGAUCGCGAUAGUGGCGAACUUAAAUUCACUUUCCAUGCCGAAGCUUUUUUCUAUCUUCACAUCAUAAAUCAGUUUGAAAAGGAUGAUCACGUUGUGCUUGAUAUUAGCUGUUAUCGUGACCCAGAAAUGUUGAAUUGCAUGUAUAUUGACAGCAUGAAAGACAUGCAAAACAAUCCAGACUAUGCUAAGAUGUUCAGAGGUCGACCACUUCGAUUUGUUUUGCCACUGAAUCGUCCAAAAAAGCCAAAAUCAUUGACAAGUUUAAAAAUAUUCUUUUCAAAAAGUUUAGAAGAUCCCAAUGAUGCAAGUGACGUAAUCGAUAAUAACAAUCUCGUGAUGCUAAAAGAUUCUGAAGCAGCAGCUUUUUCAAUGCCUGAUGGAUCAGUUUUUUGCAAACCUGAAUUACUUUGCGAUUUGGGAUGUGAAACUCCAAGAAUUAAUUACGAAAAGAAUCUCGGAUUGGAUUAUCAAUUUUUCUACGCGAUAAGUUCUGAUGUUGAUUUGGAAAAUCCUGGCACUCUCAUCAAAGUUGAUGUUAAGAAAAAAACAAAGCUAACGUGGUGUGAAAAUAAUUGCUAUCCAAGUGAACCGAUCUUUGUUCAAACACCAGAAUCACAAGAUGAAGAUGACGGCGUCAUUCUAGCAUCGCUUGUAUGGGGAAAUGGCGAUGAAAAUCGAGUCGGCUUAUUAGUUCUUGAUGCAAAAACCAUGACAGAGAUUGGAAGAUGUGAAUUUAAAGAUCUUCCUGGGCCUUUUUACACGUUUGUAGAGUUUCCGGUUAUUCAUCAAAUCAAUCCCACAACAUUGGAAACGGAAAAUACUGUGAAAGUAUUAAAAUAUGUCAAAGGUUUAGUCUAUCAUACAUCUCAUCCACAUGUCAUGCCUGAUGGAACAGUUUUCAACCUAGGACUUUCAGUUUCAUUAACUGGGCCAAAAUAUAAAAUUUUCGGUUUAAAAACAGGUGAAAAAUGUUUUGAGAAUGCACAAAUUGUUGCUGAAGUUCCAGUUCGAUGGAAGUUCAACCCUGGUUACAUGCACACAUUUGGAGUAACUGAAAACUUCUUCAUUAUUGUCGAACAGCCUUUAACAAUUUCUGUUGCUGUUAAACUUAAAAAAAAUUUCAAAAAGACGACAGUUUCCGAAUUGAUGAAGUGGUCACCAAAAGAAAAUUGUCGAUUUUGUGUAGUUAACAGACAAACAGGAAAAGUUGAGUACGAAUUUGAAUCCGAAGCUUUCACCUAUUUCCACAUCAUCAACCAAUACGAAAAAGAUAAUCACAUUGUCAUCGAUAUUUGCUGCUUAUCUGAUGCCUCUGUGUUGAACAAAUUGUAUUUAGAGAGCAUUAAAGAAUUGGAAAAGGAAUCUGACUUGCUUAAAAUAACUUUAGCAAAACCAUUUCGAUUUGUCUUACCUUUGUGUAAUGUGAAAAUUUUAUCAUGUAAAGAAAACGAAAAUCUCGUAACGUUGCCGAACACAAAAGCUUCAGCUUAUGUAAAGUCGUCGAAUGGAAUGAUUUUCUGUGUUCCUGAACCUUUAAGUGACUCAAGGUGUGAACUUCCAAGAAUAAAUUAUGAGAACUAUUUAGGCAAAGAAUACAAAUUCGUGUAUGGAGUCAGUUUCGAGAAGGAUAAUUCAAAUUCACUGAUCAAGAUUGAUGUCGUCAAUAAAACUUCAAUCUUAUGGACUGAAUCCAACUGUUAUCCAAGUGAACCAAUUUUUGUUCCGUCGCCAAACUCUAAAUCUGAAGAUGAUGGAAUUGUACUUGCUGCAUUAUUAUGGGGUGGAAAUUACGAAAAGCGCGUUGGUUUACUCGUCUUGAAUGCUGUUACAAUGAAGGAAUUGGGCCGAUGUGAAUUCAGAAACAUGCCGUCUCCUGUUCCCAAAUGUUUUCAUGGAUGGUUUGCAAGAUAA